CGAAAUAAAAGAGAAAUAGAGAACUUGUCUCCUCUGUCUCUCACUCUCUAUCCAAAAUAAUUAAAAACGACGAGAGAAACCAAAGACAAGAAAAACUUUGUUAAAAAAAAAAAAAAAUCAGACCUUAGAAUCGUGGUCUUUGUAUAAUUGUAUCUGUCUUUCCCAUUUCGUUUGAUUUCUUCAGACAAUCAUUAUAAUUAUUUUCUUUCCUAAAUCGAUUGAUUUCUUGAAAACUUUUCUUUUCUGUUGUCGGGUUUUUAAUUUGGGUUCUUUGCCGGGUUGUGAUUUUGAUUAGUUUUUUUUUUUUGUCAAUAAUGGAUUCUGAUUCAUGGAGUGAUCGUCUUGCUUCAGCUACAAGGAGAUACCAGCUAGCUUUUCCAUCACGAUCUGAUACGUUCUUAGGGUUUGAAGAGAUAGAUGGAGAAGAAGAGUUCAGGGAAGAGUUUGCUUGCCCUUUCUGUUCUGACUACUUUGAUAUUGUAUCUCUCUGCUGCCACAUUGAUGAAGAUCAUCCCAUGGAAGCCAAAACUGGGGUAUGUCCAGUUUGUGCGGUUAGGGUUGGUGUUGAUAUGGUUGCUCAUAUAACCCUUCAGCAUGCUAAUAUAUUCAAGAUGCACCGCAAGAGAAAACCAAGAAGAGGCGGGUCACAUUCCACGUUAUCGAUCUUGAGAAGAGAGUUUCCUGACGGAAACUUUCAGAGCCUUUUUGGGGGACCUUCGUGUAUUGUAUCUUCUUCCUCAUCAGCCAAUGUAGCGGCUGACCCAUUGUUAUCAUCGUUUAUUUCACCUAUCGUUUAUGGUUUCUUCACUUCGGAGUCAUGUGUAACUACAGAAACUGGUCCAGACAAGAAUAUAUCAAGUCAGAGUUUACCUGAACGGAAUGCAAUAAAACCGUCUCUAUCAGCUGAGGAUCACAAGCAGAAGUUGAAACGGAGCGAGUUUGUACAAGAGCUAAUGAGUUCUACGAUUCUUGAUGACGGCUUAUAAUGGAGUAUUGCUUCUGGUAACUUCUAAGCAAUGAGGGAAACUCCAUGUUCUGCCUCAGAGAGAAAAUGUACGGAAUUAUUGUUUGUGUGGAGCAAAUAAAGGAGAGUGCGUUGUAGGGAGAGAGAGAGGAAUUACGAGUCAAUGAGUGUAACUUAUGAACACAUUAGCUUCUAUAGUUAACGCUCUAUUUGUCUGUAGGUCAUAAAACAACCAAAGUGUAAUCUAUUUCAUUGUAUUUGCCUCAGUUCUUCGUUUCCAAUUCCUUAAUUAGGUCACGGUU